CUCAGAAUGGAGGCGAUUCCAAAACUUGUCGCUGGACUUCUUCUGCUGACCUUCUGUGUGGCUGGCUGCUCCAGCCAACACUGGUCCUAUGGCCUACGGCCGGGGGGAAAGAGAAGUGCUGAGAAUCUGGCUGAUUCUCUCCAAGAGAUAGCCAAAGAGGUUGGCCAACCCGCAGAACGCCAGCACUUCGAAUGCACCAUCCACCAGCCGCGUUCUCCCCUCAGGGACCUGAAAGGAGCUCUGGAAAGUCUGAUUGAAGAGGAAACUGGGCAGAAGAAGAUUGAAAUCCACUGA